UUUUAGUAUAAUUCAGAUGUUUCGAGCGUUAAUAUACAAAAGUACCAUUUUCCGAUCGUAACGCCGCCGCGCUCGUUUCGGUAUACUUAUGUACUUACAUAACACCCAACAACAACAGCAGCAGCAGCAGAAGCAAAAAUUCCAAACUCACUUUCAUUAAUUCCUUGGAUUUCUGGAAUUUCGACAAAAGUCCCUAAAUUUGCGGUCAUAAAGUGUGGCGCGAAACAGAUUGUGGUGUGCCGGUGGUGACAUUCGGGUGAAAUCAAAUGGACUUCUUUAGAGUCAAAAACAUACGUCACAGUGGUAAUCGCGCUACAGAUUCAAUGUAAUAUAUAACGAUGCAUCAUCCAACGUGUAGCAACAAUUCGAACGUCCACCCAGUCGUCGACGCCGAGUGACGAGCGAAAGAACAAUCGAUCCAUCGACCAAAAAAAAAUCGAACAGAAAAGCACGCACAAAGUUCAAAAUUGGAAGAAUUUCCCAAUUUCUUGGUGGACUCAUCGCACGCAGUCGGACGGAUUAAUAAACAAACUGGCCGUUCUUUUUUCUUUCUUUCUUUUUUUUUUUUUUUGAUAAGAUUUAAUUUAAGAAAAGAUGCCAUCCCCUCCGAACACUACUCUUACAAACAAAAUACCGAGUGAAACAAAUGAACUCUUUGCGGGCUAUUCGGAUGAUCUACUCAACACGGCCACCAUAGGUUGCAUACUAUUCAUUGUUAUUGGUAUACCGGGUAAUAUUUUGACCAUAUUUGCCCUGUCCCGAGGGAAACAGAACCGAAAUUCCACAGCCAUGUUCAUAAUAAACCUCUCAGUAUCGGACUUAUUGUUCGGGUGUUUCAAUUUGCCCUUGGCUGCAUCCACAUUUCUACGACGAGCAUGGAUUCAUGGGGACCUGUUGUGUCGUUUAUUCCCGUUGUUAAGAUAUGGCCUUAUGGCAGUGUCCCUUUUCACCGUGUCCUUAAUAACCAUUAACCGUUAUGUGAUCAUUGCACAUCCUCGUCAAUAUACCAGAAUAUAUCAACGACGAUACUUGGCUCUCAUGGUCCUGGGCACUUGGCUGUUAAGUUUCACCAUUAUGAUACCCACCUGGCGCGGUAUAUGGGGAAAGUUCGGACUUGACAUUUCUAUUGGCUCCUGCUCCAUAUUGCCAGAUAAUAACGGUCACACACCGAAGGAAUUUCUCUUCGUGUUGGCCUUUAUGGUGCCGUGCCUUUGUAUCGUAUUCUGUUAUGCUCGAAUUUUCUAUUUGGUAAGAAAAGCUGCAUUUCGUACAAGGGAUCCCGCGUCGAAGGCGUCGACUGCACCGGCCUCACCACCUCCAGCCACAAAUAUUCGCCCGAAUGAGUCAGUCCCUCAGUUGAAUGCAAAUUCCGCAAAACCAAAAGGAAAAGAAGCUGCUGCUGCAAAUACUGAAGAUUUACCAUUGCGUCCAUUUAGUGUCAACGAAGACAUCGAAUAUAUCGAUGUUAAUUGUUCUCUGGAAAAUCUACCGAUUUCAUAUAAGAAUUCCAAUUCAAGAAUGCACAAUGUAACCGAUCCUGCUUCGAGUAGCUCACAUGAUACCGAUAAAUCCAAUCAGUCUCAACAAAAACCUGCUACGACUCCAGCAAAGGAUACCACUUCUCGAACUAAAAACCCCAUUAAAACCUCCAUAAGGACGUCGUUUACCCGUUUCAGUCCCCGAACAAAUCAUUACGUCUCUAUGGUCAACACCUCAAACGCCUCGGCAAUUUAUCCAGGCCGUAUGAGUCAAAAGGAUCGUCGUCUUUUGAAAAUGAUCCUGGUUAUAUUUGUUUCGUUCGUAAUCUGCUAUUUGCCCAUAACGCUGACGAAAAUCUGGAAAGGACUAUCCGAUAACCACAUCUUCAAUAUAAGCGGCUAUUUGUUGGUCUACUUGACGACCUGUAUCAAUCCGAUUAUAUACGUUCUGAUGUCGUCGGAAUAUCGUCAAGCCUAUUGGAAUCUGUUGAGGUGUCGGUGUGAAGGCAAUUCCCAGAAUAAAGAGUUCAAUCGAAAGCCCAAAUCAUAACUUUUUGAACUGUGCAAAAGUUUUAGGUUUAAGAAACGUUUGUAUCUUAAAAUUUAGAUUUCCGUUUUUUGUACAUUCUUUAUAAGAUUCAUUUUUUUGUGUACUACACGCACUCUCAUAAUACAUGAAUGUUUAAAAAAAAUAAACACACAUACA